AUGCCACACGUCACGCGAAAGUGGGAACUGUUCCCGGGCAGGAAUCGUUUCUGCUGCGAUGGCAGGGUGAUGAUGGCACCACAGACUGGAGUGUUCUACGUCACCGUGUGCCUCAUCGUCGGAACCACUGGAUUGUUCUUUGGUUUUGAUUGUCCAUAUCUGGCACUAAAUGUAACACCAGCAAUACCAGUAAUAGGAGCUUUAUUAUUUAUAUUCGUAAUGUCUGCUUUGUUCCGCACAAGCUUCAGUGAUCCUGGAGUAAUUCCAAGAGCGACACCCGACGAAGCAGCUUACAUCGAAAAACAAAUCGAAGUACCGAAUAAUGGUAACUCUAAGACAUACAGACCUCCUCCCAGGACGAAAGAAGUCUUGAUUAGAGGGCAACCAGUAAAAUUAAAAUAUUGCUUUACGUGCAAGAUAUUUAGGCCACCGAGAGCCUCUCACUGUAGUUUAUGCGACAAUUGCGUAGAGAGAUUCGACCAUCAUUGUCCAUGGGUGGGUAAUUGCGUGGGCAGAAGAAAUUAUAGAUAUUUUUAUGCUUUUAUAGUAUCCCUCGCAUUUCUUUGCGUUUUUAUUUUUAUAUGCGCAAUCACUCAUAUUAUUAUGCUUACGAGUGAUAAUAAGCUGUUUUUAGAAGCUGUAAAAGAAUCGCCAAGUAGUGUUAUUGUGGGAGUCGUGUGUUUCUUUUCUGUUUGGAGUAUUUUGGGCCUUGCCGGGUUUCAUACGUAUUUAACUAGCAGCAAUCAAACGACUAACGAAGAUAUCAAAGGGUCGUUUACGAACAGAAGAGGACAGGACAAUUUUAAUCCUUACAGUCAAGGAAACAUUUGUGGAAAUUUUUUUUAUGUGUUAUGUGGACCAACUCCACCUAGUUUAAUCGAUCGAAGGGGAAUAGUUACACCUGAAUACCGCGCGGAACACGAACAAGUUGGUGACGAUAAUGUAAUUACAAAUAACAAGUCGUAUGGUUCUGCCAAAAUUGUGCAGCCUCAGUCAAACGGUACGACGGUUCAAACGAGCCCUAGCACGGAUCUCACGGGUUCGAUGAACAACUUAAUCAGCGGUCAACAUUCUCCGAGAAUAGAGUCGAUAAACGGUGAGUUGACCCUCUUGAGACAUCCUACACGUUGUCCCGAGGACCUACCGAAAUAUCCGCGCCAAUACAUAAACGAUACUUACGUGCCGCCAUACCCGGCGCAGCAUUGCUCUCAGGAUUCUGUGAAACAUAUUAAAUAUACCGAAAUAGAUCGGUUAAAUCCAGACUUUCAGAAGUAUCCGUGUAGAUGCGAGGACGGUUUACACAAGUAUCCUCAUAGAUGUAGGGAGGAAUAUCAUAGGUGCUCGGAUAACAAUCUCAUAUAUGAUCAGUGCGUAGGGGAACAGAAAUAUAGUAUUGAUCUUCAGAAGUAUCCUCAGAGGUACUCCGAGGAUCACUUGCGUUACAAAAUAAGCGAAAAAAAUGGUUACACCGAUCUGCAAAAGUUUCCCCAGUGCUAUUCCGAAGAUCCGUUACGGUUCUCGCAGUCGCCGCAUAUGCUUAAAUAUAACAAUUUGCGGUGCACCGAGCACAGUUUAAAAUAUCCGAUAACGAAGAAUAUUCUGCCGGCGCGUAUAUUAGGCACGGGCGGCAUACCGAUUAUCGGACAGACCGCGAUUGGCCUCGUGGUCAAUAGAUUCGGUUCUGGACCGCUAACUAAUAAUUUAUCAUAUGCGGAGAAUUCGUUAUGCCCAAACGAUGGCACGGAAGAGGAUCUCCUAAAUCGCCGUUUCAUCAUGAGUUCACUAAGUGAUAAUGAGGAUAUUUAACGUCUAUUAUCAACCAAUGACGCAUUUUUGAACUAUAAAAUUCAUUUAUAGUAGAGAAAAAGAGAACAAUAAAAUAUUUAUUAUUACAUUCUUAUAUAUAUUAAAGAAAUCUUGGACUUAUUAGAAAGUCUUUAAAUGAUUAGAAUCGUGAUUCGUCCUGUUCUUAAGAUCUUUCACAUUAAGAAAGAGUACUGAUUUCUAUAUACAUAUACAUAUAAAUGGUUAUACGAUUGUUCUUUAUUCCUUUAAUAUUGGAAAUGUUAAACAAAAGUUAUAUAUACAAAUUGCCAAGAGGUUGAAUUUAAUUGUUGAAAGAAAGAGAUCUAUUUAUUUUUUGAAAGUACCGUUUUGCAUUGUGCAUAAAAUGUUUAUGUUAAAAAUAUGUAUAUUACAGUUAUGGUGGUAUAUAAGUGAAUUAAGGGUAUACGAUAUCAGUUAUGUUUAUUGAUGUAAUUCUUCUUUAAGUAUUCCUUUUAAUUGAUAUUUUAUUAUUUAUAAGUAUAUAUUAUCUAUUAUCAGGAUUUGUAAGAUUUCAGAUUUUUUUAUAAGUUCAUGCCAGUGAUAAAAUCGAUAUUUUCCGAAAAAAGGCAAAAUUUAAUCUUUAAUCUAUUAACUAUUUAAUCUAUUCCAAAAUAAAAUUCAUAAUAAAUGAUAGAUAUUGAUAACAAAUAAAUUAAUUUUUUGUUACAAUUGAACAGUAAAUGUGCGAAAUAGAUUUAUACAGGCAACAAUUUUUAAUUUUGUUUUACUAUCAUUUUUCUUAUUAAAAUUAAUAAUUUAUAUUAAUUUAUAUUUAUAUUAAAAAAUUAGUAAUAUUUAUACCUUCAAAGUUUUUGUAAAAAAAAACUAUUUUACAAAUUAAUUCAAAUUAAAAAAGAGAUUUUAUUAUUACAAAAUGAAUAAAAAUCGGAAUGUAUGGAUUUUUCACUCACUGGACUUUUCUGGCCAAAGCUGCCUAUUUUUACAUAAACAAAUACUGUACACUAAACUUCUGAAUCUAUUAUUACUUCUACAUAUAUUCAGUAUUUUUGGUUAAAAAAUAAUUUUGUAUUUUGUUUCAUGAAUUUUGCUAAUCGCAUAAGUUUCUUUGUUGUUAUAAGAACGUAUAAUAUGCAAAGAUAUCUUUUGUAAUACAUUUCUUUAUUUCUGUAUUUAGGUUAUUUGUGUGAAUUAUUUGUAUAUAUAUUUAUCUAAUUUGUUUGUUAGAAUAUAAUUUGUUUGUAUAUAUAUUUAUCUAAAUUGUUUGUUAGUAAUUAGUAAAGUUUGGACAUAAUUCAAUAAAUUGUAUUUCUCUGUU